CUCGUCAGCCAGUUGUGACGUAUGCAAGGUAUGGCAAGUUGGACCGGGGGUGAUGUUUGAAAAAAUGCAACCGUCGGUUAUCGAGUUCAGUAUCGGAAUUUAAACGGUCGUUUAUCGGUUUUCCAUUGUCAGCUCUUUUUAUUUAUUAGACUGCUUUCCCGCUUUUUAAUUGCUUAAAAUGUUUUUAAUUCUCUUAGAUAACAUGUUUAAUAAACUUAAAUAAUAUUAGAUAUUUUCAAGAAAACUGAACGUACAAAACGGUAUAUACAGCCGUUGCAUCAAUUUAUCAUUUCAAUUUAGAUUAAAUAAAAUUAACAUCAAAAUGCACAAAGGUGUUGCUGACAAUGAAUAUGAAAUUGAAAAUAUUUUAUUUGAUGAAAUGUUUGGAAAUAAAGUUAUGUACCUUGUUAAGUGGAAAAAUUAUCCAAUGGCUCAAUGCACAUGGGAGCCAUAUCGAAACCUUACUAAUUGUCAAGAAAUUUUGAAUGAUUAUAAAUUAAAUAAAAUUGUAAUUAAAGAUAUGUAUAAUAAUGAAAAAUUCAAAAAACUUUAUGAUGCUCUUCGUGAUUAUACUGAACAAGAAGUUAUUCAAUUACUACAGAAUUUUGUUGAUAGUGGUCUACCUGCUGUUGAAGAACAGUUUGUUAAAAGUACAAUUGGUUAUUUAUCUACGGUGCCCGUACCUAGUAGAAGUAAGGGUUUAAUGAAAGUUGCAAGGGAUAACCUAAUGCUAAUUGAAGUUAAUAAAAGACGACAACGACAGUUGGAAAGAAUAGAAAAGUGGCAAACAGAUAUAAAUCAAGUAUGCGGGUUCAAUUUAAGUGUCGUUAAUAAUGUAGACUUUGAAGGUCCCCCAAAAAAAUUUAUUUAUGUAAAUGAAUGUGUAGCAGGUAAUGGAGUUACAAUACCAGAUGAUCCCCCUGUAUGGUGUGAUUGUGAUAUAGUAUGUGGAGGUAAAAAAAGAAAACGUAAUGGUUGUCAUUUCAAUGAUUCCCAGAUUGCUUACAAUAAAUUUAAACGAUUAGUAGUUCCUAUAGGUACACCGAUCUAUGAGUGUAAUAAAAAAUGUAACUGUGAUAGUUCGUGUAUUAAUCGUGUUGUUCAACAUGGUCCUAGUAAAAAUUUGAAACUUCAAAUUUUUCGCACACACAACCACAGAGGAUGGGGUGUAAAAACACUUGUACCAAUUAAACAAGGCAGUUAUGUUAGCAAAUAUACUGGUGAAGUGAUCACUAGUUCUGAAGCAGAAAGACGGGCUAACACAAAUGGACAAAAAUCUACAUAUAUGUUUGAUUUAGAUUAUAACACUGAUAAAAAUGAUUGUGUAUAUUCAGUUGAUGCAACUAUUUAUGGGAAUGUGUCUCAUUUUAUUAAUCAUUCAUGCGAUUCUAAUUUAGCAAUAUAUGCUGUCUGGAUUGAUUGUUUAGAUCCUAAUUUACCGACAUUAGCAUUGUUUGCAACAAGAGACAUUAAUGUUGAUGAAGAAAUAACAUUUAAUUAUAUGACUCAAGUAAAUAAUAAAAAUCAAAGGAUUAAGUGUAAAUGCCAAUCCAAAAACUGCCGUGGAUAUUUAUGUUAAGUAUUAAUUUAUUAAUUUUUCUUAUAUUUUGACAUUUAUAUGUAUUGUAUAUCUUAUUUGUAUAAAUAAUGAAUUAAUUUAGAUUCAGCUAUAAUUUUGAAUUAACUGCAAAUUAAAAUGUCACAACAAAUUAUUAUUAAAAAAAACAACAGACAAUUAAAUGUUUUUUAUUACUUGAAACUAAUUCUGAAGUUCAUAGAUAAGUUUAAUUAAAUUAUUGAAAUAUUUAGAUGAUAUACGAGUGAUAAAUUUAUAGUUAAAUGAUAGCUUAUUAGGAAACUAUAGUCAAAUUAAUGUUGAAAAAAUAUAUUAUUAUACCUCAAAUAUUGUGUAUUAUGUAUUUAAAUAGAAUAUGCACAUAUUUAAUACAAUGAAUAUUUGUGCUAAACAUAAUAAUAAGUGUAUAAUGUAAUUAAAAAAAAUGAAGAUAGUUGUUUAUUGUAAAGUUUAUAAAUUUUUGUGA